AUGAGCGGGAGUCUGGUGCAUAUACCUAGAAAGAAACGGUUUAUCCAUGUUCUUUUAGCAUUUGUUACUGUUAUAGUACUUUACCAGCUAUUAGUUCCAUUUUAUACGGAUGAGUUUGACUAUCUGAGCUAUCGACGUAUCAGCGAUACGUCAAAGGCAAAUAUCGAUGCGUUCAAGGCCAACUCUUCACCGGAUGUUAUUCGGUUCUAUGAAAAGUUCAAGUAUGACACUUCGCUUGAGUAUCCUACGGAGUAUGAUCUGCAGGAGGAUUUCUUCAAGAUCAAAUACGGAUCAAACAAAGGGGAGUACUGGGAUCAAGUAAAAGACGUGAAGUUUUACGAUUCAGACCCCAGAUUGGAAUGGUCAGUGCUUGCAUACGAUUUGAUGCAGGGAAACGAAAAGUCGGAUGAUAAGAUCCCGUUUGCAUGGUACGACUGGAUAGAUUCUCACGAUUACAAUAAGUUACUAUCGUUGAAAGAGAACAAAGUCGACUGUGAGUUCUUAUUCCAUAAUGCAUUCCCGAGAGAUAAGUUACGGCUUGCUGAGGGAGAGAUCGGAGAGAGGUUGUUUAGUUACGAUAGGGAUUCGUAUGAUAACGAUAAGUGGUACGAGAGAGCGGUGAAUAAUUCUGAUGGAAAUGUGAUCUUGUUGUUGAAGAAACAUUAUUAUGUGGAUCCAAGUAACUGGCCAACGAGCAAUAAAUUGGGUAAUGAUGGGAACGGGUCGCUUACUGAUACGAUGAUGAGUUACGAUAACGGUGUAGCAACGCUUGAUUUAUUUGAUAAAGUUAGACCGGAGGUGUACCAAUUACAGGCCAGGUCAUACGUCAUAAACACUUUGGUACAUCCUCUCUCGAUCACGAUUAUGAACUCGGAUAAAGAAUCUUACCAGUACUUGGUCGAUAGAGAUUCUAGGAAAAAUAUCAUCACUUCCGGUCGGUUGCAACGGUUUAUAGAUGGCCAUGGCCCUGAGACGCCUCGUAAAUCGAUCAAGUUCGAUCACAUUAACAAGUUCAAACAAUUUGUGGAAUCGGAUAGUGCAAAAGAACACAAGGUGGUCAUCGAUGAGAUUAUUGCAAAUAAACAACGCCAAUCCGAUGAUUCUAUGCCGUACGUUGUAUUGAACGAGAAUGACUUCGAAUUCGAUGCCAUGGCGAAGAUUAAAGAGUUAGAGGCUCGUUCCGAUGAUCUAACACCACAUGAAAAAUCGUAUUUGGACUCUUUGAAGUUUUCCACUUCUUUCCAUUAUGCGUUUGCACCAAAGUAUUUCCUUGAAUCAUCUCAUGUUCAGUCGUUCAAGAAAUACGGUAACCAUUUCGAUAAACGGUUCUUCAAUGGACCUCUUAUCGCAGACCCUUUCCAAAUGGAAAUGAGGUUGGAUUCUUUAAUCAGAAACUACCAAAAAUUCGUAAAGGCUAAUGGAUUAAUUUCUUGGUUGGCUCAUGGUACUAUGUACGGAUGGAUGUACAACGGAAGGACAUUCCCUUGGGAUAACGAUGCAGAUAUGCAGAUGCCUAUCAAACACUUGAAUCUAUUGGCACAGCAUUUCAACCAAACGGUAGUGCUUGAGGAUCCAUCAGAGGGGAAUGGUAAAUUUUUGAUUGAUGUUAGUAGUUCCAUUACUACAAGAGUUAACGGGAACGGGUUUAACAAUAUUGAUGCAAGAUUCAUCGACCUUGAUUCUGGGUUGUACGUUGAUAUUACAGGGUUGUCUGUCUCUUCAACUCCUAUCUUUGAUAUAAUAAACUAUUACAAACAGCAAUCGAAAAAUGUGGAUGUGAAUGAUAUUAAAUUCAAGGAUCCUAACUUGAUUGAGGGAAAGACUGAUUUCACUCUUCAAGAGCUUUUGGUGGAAAUAGAUAAGGAUCCAAAGAAAUACCCAAACAAUGCUAAGAAGGAUGUUAACAACAUGAUUCAGAAAUGGGAAAAAUUGAAGAAGAAGAAGGUGUCUAUUGAAGAAAAUUUGACACCGGAACAAAGAUACAAUAUGCACCAUCAGUUGCAAAUCUACAAUUGUAGGAACUUCCAUUUCGUCAACCUGAACAUGAUAAAUCCUUUGGUGAAAACAGUUUUCCAUGGUGUACCGGCAUUGGUACCUGAAAAAUACGUCAAGGUACUCAAAAACGAAUACAAAGUCUCUAACCAAUAUGGAUUUUUGACUUACAAAACUAACUCGUUCGUACCAGAAUUUGGUUCUUGGAUUAGUGUUUCUGAUCUAUCUACACUCAUGAAUAAGAAUCAAAAUGAUCCCAAACUAAAACCCGUCUAUGAGCCUAUCAAUAGCUUAAAAAUAGACGACGUCUAUAAGCUCUUAGAAAAUAUGGCAACUUCUGGAUACUCCCUGAUGUUAUCAACUAUUCAUAAUGCCUUGUCAUUAAAUGCAUACAGAGUGAAGGAACUCGAUAUUACUUACGAUAAAGAUUUGUCAAGAGAUGAAAAGUUGGAUCUGUUGGAUAUCUUUAGAAAUAAAGUAGGUACUACUCUAACAGCUUCUCAAAAGGAUCCAUGGUUGCACGGUUUGGAAUUACGGAUUUGGAAUGAACUCACGAAAGAAAGGCCAGAUGAUUGUAGCAAUGCCAGAUCUUUUGUGGACAAUAAAAAAGCUUACGAAAUAUGGGAUUCCCUCCUCAAGGCAAGUGAAGGCAGUAAUCCAAUGUUCCGUGUCUUCACUUCAGAACGAUCCCCAGUUGAAUCUGCUAUGAUAACAGACAACUUGUUGGACUUCAACAAAGUUGGAAGUCCAGUAUACCUUCCAGGCAAAUCCAGAGGUAUUAACAUUUUCAAGUCUGAUCCGCAACUACUUGAUAAUUAA